CCGUCUCCCGGUUUGUUGCCGAGGGGCGCCCGGACGGGGCACCACUGCUGCAGUGUUAGCCACUGGCAGUUACAUCGGAGAUCCCCAUAAAUAUGCAGAAGCUGCAGGAGGCAAAGUAGAGUAGACGCCCGCGCCCGUACACCCUCACUCUCCGCGCACCACGCGGGCCGUGUAGACAUUCCCCCCGCGCCACCUUCUCCCGCUGCCUCUCGGGCCAUUCAGGUUCUAGUGCAGCUUGCUCCGAAGACCCUCUCGCCCCGCUCUGUCGCGCUUGCCUCUCUCCGCCCCGGAGCGCUCCCCCAACCAGGCAGCAAAGUUGUGACUACUUGGGAGCGGGUGACUCGCGCCCCGCUCGCUCUGUGCCUCGCACCGACAACUUCCCCCGGCUCUGCGCCGCCGCGCGCCGGGCCCACGCCUCCCAGGACCCCGCGGGCCCCCAGCCUUCAACCCCGGCGGCGCGCCGGCCAGCGCUCUGGUGGCGGCAGCGGCCGUGGUGGCAGCGAAAGCGGCGGCAGCGGCGGCGGCGGCGGCGGCGGCAGCCGCUGCAGCUACACACUCCGCCGCCAAACUGGAGGAGCGACGGAAGCCGGAUCCUAGGAGGAUGGAGGAUGAAGCUGUCCUGGACAGAGGGGCUUCCUUCCUUAAGCAUGUAUGUGAUGAAGAAGAAGUAGAAGGCCACCACACCAUCUACAUUGGGGUCCAUGUGCCCAAGAGCUACCGGAGAAGGAGACGUCACAAGAGAAAGGCAGGGCACAAAGAAAAGAAGGAAAAAGAGAGAAUCUCUGAGAACUACUCUGACAAAUCAGAUGUGGAAAACGCUGAUGAAUCCAGCAGCAGCAUCCUGAAACCUCUCAUCUCUCCUGCCGCAGAACGCAUCCGAUUCAUCUUGGGAGAGGAGGAUGACAGCCCAGCGCCUCCCCAGCUCUUCACCGAACUGGAUGAGCUGCUGGCUGUGGAUGGGCAGGAGAUGGAGUGGAAGGAGACAGCCAGGUGGAUUAAGUUUGAAGAAAAAGUGGAACAGGGUGGGGAGAGGUGGAGCAAGCCCCAUGUGGCCACGCUGUCCCUACACAGCUUAUUUGAGCUGAGGACAUGUAUGGAGAAAGGAUCAAUCAUGCUUGACCGGGAGGCUUCUUCUCUCCCACAGUUGGUGGAGAUGAUUGUUGACCAUCAGAUUGAGACAGGCCUCUUGAAAGCUGACCUUAAGGAUAAGGUGACCUAUACUUUGCUCCGGAAGCAUCGGCAUCAAACCAAGAAAUCCAACCUCCGGUCUCUGGCUGACAUUGGGAAGACAGUCUCCAGUGCAAGUAGGAUGUUUACCAACCCUGAUAAUGGUAGUCCAGCCAUGACCCAUAGGAAUCUGACUUCCUCCAGUCUGAAUGACAUUUCUGAUAAACCAGAGAAGGACCAGCUGAAGAAUAAGUUCAUGAAAAAACUGCCUCGUGAUGCAGAAGCUUCCAAUGUGCUUGUUGGGGAAGUCGACUUCUUGGAUACUCCAUUUGUUGCCUUUGUUCGGCUACAGCAGGCUGUCAUGCUGGGUGCCCUGACUGAGGUCCCUGUGCCCACAAGGUUCUUGUUCAUUCUCUUAGGUCCUAAGGGGAAAGCCAAGUCCUACCAUGAGAUUGGCAGAGCCAUUGCUACCCUGAUGUCUGAUGAGGUGUUCCAUGACAUUGCUUACAAAGCAAAAGAUAGGCAGGACCUGAUUGCUGGCAUUGAUGAGUUCCUUGAUGAAGUCAUUGUACUUCCACCUGGAGAAUGGGACCCAGCGAUCAGGAUAGAACCUCCUAAGAGUCUUCCGUCAUCUGACAAAAGGAAGAAUAUGUACUCAGGUGGAGAGAAUGUCCAGAUGAAUGGAGACACCCCCCAUGAUGGAGGACACGGAGGAGGAGGACAUGGGGAUUGUGAGGAACUGCAGCGAACUGGACGGUUCUGUGGUGGACUAAUUAAGGACAUAAAGAGGAAAGCACCAUUUUUUGCCAGUGAUUUUUAUGAUGCUUUAAAUAUUCAGGCUCUUUCAGCAAUUCUCUUCAUCUAUCUGGCGACUGUAACUAAUGCUAUCACUUUUGGAGGACUGCUUGGGGAUGCCACUGACAACAUGCAGGGUGUACUGGAGAGUUUCCUGGGCACUGCUGUCUCUGGAGCUGUCUUUUGUCUCUUUGCGGGUCAACCACUCACUAUUUUAAGCAGCACGGGACCCGUCUUAGUUUUUGAGAGGCUUCUAUUUAAUUUCAGCAAGGACCAUAAUUUUGACUAUUUGGAGUUUCGCCUUUGGAUUGGCCUGUGGUCAGCCUUCCUGUGUCUCAUUUUGGUAGCCACCGAUGCCAGCUUCUUGGUUCAGUAUUUUACUCGUUUCACAGAGGAGGGCUUCUCCUCUCUAAUUAGCUUCAUCUUUAUCUAUGAUGCUUUCAAGAAGAUGAUCAAGCUAGCAGAUUACUACCCCAUCAACUCCGACUUCAAAGUGGGCUACAAUACUCACUUUUCCUGUGCCUGUGUGCCACCUGACCCAGUUAAUAUCUCAAUGUCUAAUGAUACUACACUGGCCCCAGAGGAUUUUCCAACUGUUUCUUCUACUGACAUGUAUCCUAAUGCUACCUUUGACUGGACAUUUUUGUCGAAGAAGGAGUGUUUGAAAUACGGAGGAAAGCUCGUGGGGAACAACUGCGAUUUUGUCCCUGAUAUCACACUUAUGUCUUUCAUCCUCUUCUUGGGCACAUACACCUCCUCUAUGGCUCUGAAAAAAUUCAAAACUAGUCGUUAUUUUCCAACCACAGCAAGAAAACUAAUCAGUGACUUUGCCAUUAUCUUGUCCAUUCUCAUAUUUUGUGUAAUAGAUGCCCUUGUAGGUGUGGAUACCCCAAAACUAAUUGUGCCAAGCGAGUUUAAGCCAACAAGUCCAAACCGAGGAUGGUUUAUCCCACCGUUUGGAGGGAACCCCUGGUGGGUGUACCUUGCAGCCGCCAUCCCUGCUUUGUUGGUCACCAUUCUGAUUUUCAUGGACCAACAGAUCACAGCUGUGAUUGUAAAUAGAAAAGAGCAUAAACUCAAGAAAGGAGCUGGGUAUCACCUGGAUCUCUUCUGGGUGGCCAUCCUCAUGGUGGUGUGCUCCUUCAUGGCUCUUCCGUGGUAUGUGGCCGCUACAGUCAUCUCUAUUGCUCACAUCGACAGUUUGAAGAUGGAGACAGAGACAUCUGCACCCGGAGAACAACCAAAGUUUCUAGGAGUGAGGGAACAAAGAGUCACUGGAACCCUUGUGUUUAUUCUGACUGGUCUGUCAGUCUUUAUGGCUCCCAUCUUAAAGUUUAUUCCUAUGCCAGUACUGUAUGGUGUGUUCCUGUACAUGGGGGUGGCGUCACUUAAUGGUGUGCAGUUCAUGGAUCGUCUGAAGCUGCUUCUGAUGCCCCUGAAGCAUCAACCUGACUUUAUCUACCUGCGUCAUGUACCCCUGCGUCGCGUCCACCUGUUCACUUUCCUGCAGGUGUUAUGUCUGGCCCUGCUCUGGAUCCUCAAAUCAACAGUGGCUGCUAUCAUUUUUCCAGUCAUGAUCCUGGCACUUGUAGCUGUCAGAAAAGGUAUGGACUACCUCUUCUCCCAGCAUGACCUCAGCUUCCUUGAUGAUGUCAUUCCAGAAAAGGACAAGAAAAAGAAGGAGGAUGAGAAGAAAAAGAAAAAGAAGAAGGGAAGUUUGGACAGUGAUAAUGAUGAUGAGAAAGAUCCUCAACAUUCCUUGAACGUCACACAUCAUGCUGAUAAAAUUCCUUUCCUUCAGUCGCUCGGUAUGCCAAGUCCUCCUAGAACUCCAGUAAAAGUUGUGCCUCAGAUUAGAAUAGAACUUGAGCCUGAAGACAAUGAUUAUUUCUGGAGGAGCAAGGGAACAGAAACUACAUUGUAACCCGUUCGUCUCUCUUAAAACUGACAGUUUUGUUGUUAAUGUUCCUUUUUUUUUUUUUUUUUGUCUGUUUGUUUUUAAAUUUUUGUGUUUCAGUUUUUGGUCACUGGCCAAAUAAUACAGCACUCUCUCUGCUUCUCUCUUGCAUAGGUUAAAUCAAGACAAUAGUGCACCGUUCCCUAAAAACAGCAUCUGAGGAAUCUCCCUUUUGUUCUUAUGUUUUCAGAUGUGUCCUCUGACAUCCUAAUUCCUGCCACUCAAGACAUGCACAGAUCCUGUCCUUUUCCUUUAUUUAGCAGAGGUCAAAAGUAUUAAGAUUUUAUAACAUCUUUUAUUAAAAUAUUGAAGGAACUUAAAACUUUAGCUUUGGAGCUGUGCUUACUGGCUUGUCUUUGUCUGGUAGAACAAACCCUGCCCUCCAGACAGAGUCUCUUCUUGCUUAUAGAGCUCCCCAGGACUGGAAAAAGUGCUGCUAUUCUUACUUGCUCUUGCUUAUAAACCCUAAUCUUAGAGUUAUCAAAAGAAGAAAAACUAAAGGUACUUUACUCCCUGUAGAGAAACCAUUGCCAUCAUUGUAGCAAGUGUUGGAAUGUCCCUUUUUCCUAUGCAACUUUUUUUAACCCUUUAAUGAACUUAUCUGUUGAGUACAUUGAAGAAUAUUUUUCUUCCUAGAUUUUGUUGUUUAAAUUAUGGGGCCUAACCUGCAACUUAUUUUUUGUCAAUUUUUUAAACUUUUUUUUAAUUACUGUAAAGAAAUGAAUUUUUCCUGCAGCAGGAAACAUAGUUUUGAGUAGUUCUACCUCUUAUUUGUAGCUGCCAGGCUUUCUGUAAAAAUUGUAUUGUAUAUAAUGUGAUUUUUACACACACACAUACACACACACACACACACACGCGCACACACACACAAUCUCUAAGGUAAGCCAGAAGGCUAGAUAAAAACACCAUGUUUCUUAGCAUCCACUUUCCCCUUUCUUUAAAAGAAACUUAACUGUUCUAUGAAGGAGCUUGAGGAAAGGAGAGCCAUUCUUACACAAUGGAGUAACUGAUGUUCUGAUAAUGGUAGUAUCUGGGCACGAAUGCUGAUCGUAUUACCAUGUCGAUGUCCUAUGCAGUAUUGUUAGGCAUUUUUAAACUUUGAAAUAUUUGUGUGUUUGUGUAUGUGCUCUGUGUGUAGCUGGUGCACAUAUGUGCAAAGUUAGAAAAAGAAAGUGUGACAGUAGACAGAGUAAAAUUAUCAAGUCUCUUGUGUCAGUUUUCAUAAAGCCCAAACCACAUAUAAAAGAUUUAUCAGGAGGUCCGUGAAACUUGCCAUUAUGCAAAUAAGGGUAAGCAUAUUUUAUUACCCAGACAUUAGUCACCAUCAUUGAUAUAGUAGCCCAUGUUUAUAAUAAAAAGUCCAUAAAAAUAUUAACAGCCCAUUUACGCACCUAUAAAAUAUUAUAGGAAUACAGAGAAGUCUUCAGAGGUAAUAUGAUGUGCAUACACUAUAACAAUACUCACACACAUUCUUUGUGGAUGCAAAGGCAAUUAUUCUUUGUGGUUGGGACACUUAGAAUAUGUAUGUAUAUACAGACAUGUAUACCUAUGUGUGUUUCCAUAUUGAAAAUUAGACUUUUAUUAACCAAAUUGAACAUGGUUCAAAACAUGUAAUGUUUUCAGUGUUACAUUAUAUAUUGAAUGUGUUUUGAAAAGGACAUUUUAAAUGUUGAAGACAUACGUUUGGAUUCAUAUAACCUUGAUUGUGACAUAUCCUCACCAUAGCAAGUUUUUGGAAAAGUAAGAAAAGCAGAAUGAAACCUCUUAUUUGGUUUCAUAAUAUGCACUUAUUGACUUCCACUCAUUCCUGUAUUAAUUAAAUUAUAAUUCUGCCCUCUUGAAAUAUUCAUUAUAAAAAUUUUAUUAUCCUUAGUUGUUACUUUUUUUUGUUGUUUUUUGGUGCCAGGGAUUGAACUCAGGGGCACUCAACCACU